AUGUUACCAGAUGAAAAAGAAGCCUAAUAAAGUAAGUAUAGAGAGUAAGUCAUACAUGCUGAAACUUUGAAUAUGAUGGCUAAAUACUAGUUAAUAUUUUUAAAGAUGGAAAUCUCUAUGAGGAAGGUAGCACUAAUACUAAAAUUAAAAGGGAACUCAUAAAAAUCUUUUGCCUUUAGGAAACUUAAGUAAACUAGCAGCUAUAGUGUUAAUCAUUUUAAAGUGUUAUUUACUUAAAUAGCAUUGAAAUAUCAAUAAGUUGGAUUAAUUAUUCAAAAAAGAUAAAAAAGGAAUUUGCAUCAUGCCUUCUUAAAAGUUCGCCUAUUAUUUCCAAAAUAUAAAAAUGAUAAAAUCAGAAGAUCAUUUUUGUAAGUCAUUGCCUCAAAGGAUGCUGAAAUUAAAAAUCUCUAAAUCAAAGAACAAGAAAUUACAGAAAAUAUUACCAAUUAGAAAUUAAAAGAAUAAGAAAUAUUAUCUAAAUUAAAACAGAAGGAAUUAAUCCUAACUUAGCUUGAAAAUGAAUUAAGAAAGAAUUCUUCAAAUAAAACUCUAGAUUCUAAAGUAUUUAUUGAGUAUAUCAAGUUACGAAAUUUAGAAGUCGAAAAUCAAGACAUGUAAGAUCGUAUUAUGGGCACUGAAGAUUCUGUUAGUCUCUUUAUAAGAGAGAUGAAUGACAUGUUAGAUAGUCACGAAAUUAGUACAAAUUUAGGAAUAGAUUCAGAUGAAAACUAGUCUUACGAAUAACCACCUCAAGUUAUAGAAUAUUAAAGCUAACGUUUGAAUUAAAAUUCAAGACAACAAAAAUCUAAGAACUUUUACUCUAAUUAAUUGACAAGGAGUACUAAAAUUAAUUGA